CCUCCUAUUUUAAGCACCCCGUUUGGGUGGUGAGUCGAGGAGGCCUGUUGUGAGAGCGGGAAACAGGGUGUGGGGUGGGCCCGUGUGCCCAUGUGUGCGCCCUGGGCGGUGCCGCGGCCCCUCUUCCUGACUGAUUUUGGAAACUCCCCUCCGCUCCGGCUCCCUAAGGAGGACGUGAAGAACGAGGUCGCCAUCAUGAACCAGCUGAGCCACGUGAACCUGAUCCAGCUCUACGACGCCUUCGAGAGCAAGCACAGCUGCACGCUGGUCAUGGAGUGCGUGGACGGGGGAGAACUCUUUGACCGGAUCACGGAUGAGAAGUACCACCUGACCGAACUGGACGUGAUCUUGUUCACCAAGCAGAUCUGCGAGGGCGUGCACUACCUCCAUCAGCACUACAUCCUGCACCUGGACCUCAAGCCGGAGAACAUACUGUGUGUCAACCAGACAGGACACCAAAUAAAGAUCAUUGACUUUGGGCUGGCCAGAAGGUACAAGCCGCGGGAGAAACUGAAGGUGAACUUCGGCACGCCCGAGUUCCUGGCCCCCGAAGUCGUCAACUACGAGUUCGUCUCGUUCCCCACGGACAUGUGGAGUGUGGGCGUCAUCACCUACAUGCUACUCAGCGGCCUGUCCCCGUUCCUGGGGGAAACCGACGCCGAGACCAUGAACUUCAUCGUGAACUGCUGCUGGGACUUCGAGGCGGACACCUUCGAGGGGCUGUCGGAGGACGCCAAGGACUUCGUGUCCCAGCUGCUGGUCAAAGAGAAGAGCUGCAGGAUGAGCGCCACCCAGUGCCUGAAACACGCGUGGCUGAGCCAUCUGCCCGCCAAGGCGUCCCGGUCCCAGGUGCGGCUCCGGUCCCAGCUGCUGCUGCAGAAGUACCUGGCGCAGCGGAAGUGGAAGAAACAUUUCCACGCGGUGACUGCUGCCAACAGGUUAAGGAAAUUUCCCACCUGCCCCUGAACCUGGACUGGACUCCACCGCCCCCUGGGCCGAGCCGUGCCGGAGGCUGUAGAUAACUGGCCUCCGGCUCAGCCGGGUUCCAGGAACUUUGUGAGAGGUUCUGGCCGGGCCUCCCUGUGGGUGACACGCGGCUGGAAGAAGGUGACGUCAGGACUGUUUCGCUGCCGUGGGAGCCCGCGGGUGUGAAAUGCUGUUUCCUCGUCAGGGGCACCCGGUUUGGGGGCGCGUGUGGGGAGGAGAGCAGGUGGCGGGUGGGAUGCGGAGUGCUCUGAUUCAGGGACUCGCUCAGGGCCCCGGCCCGCGGGUCUCCCUGGGCACAGGGAAGCCCUGCCCUCCGAUCCCCGGGCUGGGCCAGGCUGUAUUUAUUGUCCGACCGACCCGCGCUGUGUGCCGCCAUCCUCUAACAUGUUUAACUUGUGCUCCCUUUUGAGAAUGGAAACGUGCCUCCUUUGUUAGUCUUUGAAAUUUUGAAAUACACUGGCCGUCAUGGCUGAAAGAGGAAAAGGGUCAAGUGGAAUGCGCUUAAUGUUUUUAUUGAUUUUAGAGAGAGAAGAAGGAAGUGGAAUAGAGAGAGAGUAACACCAAUUGGCUGGCCCUAGUUGGUUUGGCUCAGUGGAUAGAGCGUCAGCCCUUGGACUGAGGGUCCUGGGUUC